AUGACAAAGGCCUUAAUCAGCAGUGGGAAUGAAGAGGUGGGGAAAGGAUCCUGUAUUCUCUGGGUGUUCUCUGCAGCCCUCCCGCCCUGCUCCUACAAUGCCAGCAGAGGGAGACCAGCCAUUGGCUCUGUCACAUGGUACCAAGACAAGGUGGCCCCUGCGAAGGAAGUGAAGAACAGAACCCCAUAGUUCAGAGACCGCCUGGUUCCCCUUUCUUUUUCCCAAUUCCUCUGUGACCACCAGGCUGAGCUGCACAUCUAGGACCAAGGCCAAGAUGCUGGCGUCUAUGUGUGCAGGGUGGAGGUGUUGGGCCUGGAUGUUGGCACAGGCAAUAGGACUCAGCUGCUGGCAGAGACAGUAAGGCCUCAUGGGCUAAAGAUAAGCACAGUGUUCCUCCUUCAGGCUGGAUUCUAUGCCUUUGGUUUUCUCUAUGGCAGCACCCUCUCUUACCAGAGCAAAUGUCUGACCUGGACAGGUCCAAGGAGAGAUCUCCCUGCAAUAGGGCCUAGAGGUCCCUCCCAGCAUUAUCUGGAGCUUGUCCCAGCAUUAUCUGGAGUCUUAGCCAGGGAGGCUGAGACUGUGGCUCCUGAGAAAUGGAGAUUAUCAAAUUAA